AGUUCCAUGAAGAGGGAUUAUAAGUGUUCAAAACCUUGUGAAAAUUUUUAAUCCUUGUUGAAAACUGGUUCAUACAUGCAAGUCCUUCUUACUCUACUUUAUCUUCUGAGGUUUCCUCGUUUGUUUUCUAUCGACAACAAUUGUAGGUUAGAUUGCGCCCUGGGCCGUGUGGAUGAGAAGUUCUGUCCCCAAGACGGAGGUUGGAGCCACUGGUCGACCUGGGGCGAGUGUGAAGGUGAAUGUGGUGCGCUGGGACGACAUACACGGAUCCGCAACUGUUCCAACCCUGUUCCAAAGCGCAACGGAGCUGACUGUGAUGGUGAAUGGCUGCAGAUAAAACCUUGUAGCGUCCCAGGCUGCUCGUAUGAACAGUAUGAGAAACUCCUUGCGCAGGACGAUGUUCGGCUGGAACAGUUGGCAAACUUACGCAAGUACAGCGGUUCACAGUCUGCACUAUUGACUAAGUGUCUCUCAAGCAGUUGUGAAAUGUCAGACGUUGAGAAAACUUUGGCAUCAGAGUCGAUUAAAUUUUGGAACUCUUUGGUUUGUGUCAAGACAAAUACAGGAUGUCCAGUUGCAGGAGGUUGGGGGGACUGGUCUCCCUGGACACGUUGCAACGCACGUUGCGGCCCGGGACAACAUAUGAGGUGUCGAGCAUGCUGUGACCCGCCGCCCUCCACGCAUGAUGUGACAUGUCAAGGGGACAGCUGUGAAUACCAGUCCUGUACAGGUGUACAAUGCGGCACACGACUGUCCAAAGCUUCAGAAUGGAGUGAGUGGUCGUCGUGGUCCGAAUGCUCAGCUCAAUGUAAUUUUGGAUAUAAAAGGCGAACCAGAGAAUGUCUCAAAGAACAAAAGAUUUUAUCAAAUGAAAAAGAGACGGCAUUCAAUGAAAUGUAUGAUUAUGACAAUAGUGGGGAGUAUGCAAACGCUGACGAUUACUACAACUAUUACAACAACAAUGACAGGGAAGAAUCUGAAGAUGCCUACGAAGAUAACAAUAACAACCCGAACAACAUCCAUUUAAGAGUCAAGAGGAGCAAAAGUUGUGACAAAGUUGAAUACUACAAUAAUGACAACAAUGAAGAUGAUUUGACAGAAACGACUUCAAAAGAUAAGAGAACGACUGGAGAAGAGUAUAAAAACAGGGGUGGUAAGUUGAAAAGUGUUGAAAACCCCACCACUGUGUCAGCACUAGAGCAGGAUUCGUGGAUUUUUAAACAGACUGAAGAUCAAAGACUGGUUACUAAAUUGAAAACUGAGUCGUCAAAACUUCAUUCAAUUCCUUUAUCAACUUUUAGUUCAGAAACAUUUGAAACACAAACGCAAAGUAGGUCAACAUCUAGAAAUCAUCCAAAAACUUUAACUCAUAGUUUUAGAAGUAAAGAACUGUUAAACGACAUUAGAGUGAACGUAAUGACACAACUUAAAUCACCCAUAACUACUGAAUCUACAUCUGCUGAAAAUGUAGAUUCUUUUGGUUCAAACGAAAGUAAAAAUCUACCUUCAAAAAUGUCUAAGUUGACAACUAAAUGCACCGGAAUAUUAGGUAUCAAAAAGAAAGAGAGCAAAAGAACUGAUCCAAUUCUUUUGGAUAGUGAAGAAAGUCAGUGUGGAGAACUUUACAAAAACUCAAUAACUGUUUCCACUUGUGAAAAGAAAGAGAAAACUUACACCGUAGAUGACAAAGAAUAUACUAAUACGUUAACAGUUCCAUAUAUUCCCCAAACAAAGACAAAGUCGAAUGUUAUAUACAGUAAAACUUCUUCUGACGUGAAUAGUACAGUUAUUCCCCCUUUUUCUACAUCUACUAUGAUGCAUUUAAAUAGCUUUAAGAUAACCUCAAAAUCAGACAAAGACACAAAUAAAUUAAAAACCUCUGAAGUAACUGUAGUUGAUUUAGAGCUUAAUUCCACCGUUGGUUUUGAAUAUACAACUGGCUCAAUACAAACAACAACCUCAUUUUCAGAGAGUAGUAAAAAACAAGAUGUGUCAUCUAAAGAUGGCACUGUUUCAAAAAAUACCGGAAACUUAAAUACAACUGGAAACACAGAGCCAGUAAAAAAGCUAUUUGGAAUAUUUCCAAAAAAGGUUUCAACGCUGACUGUAACUCAAGCUAGUACAAAAUACACCCAGACAACUUCGCAAUACCCAGAAAGUGAAGAAGUUUCCGAAGCUUCAUCAGAGGUUGAGCUUAACAUAUCAGAAUUCAGUCCGCUCAGCUGUGACUUGUCAAAGAAACUCCAACUUCCGAACUUUAUUGAUUUAUUUAUAGCAGAAGGAUGCAGUGGUCCGUUUGAAGAAAUUAAACCAUGCAACACUCAGUUAUGCAACGAGGACGGGGGUUGGUCGGAGUGGUCGUCGUGGUCGGCCUGUGUGCCGAACUGUGGUAUUGGCUGGCAGAUCUCGGUGAGAUCUUGCACCAAUCCAGAGCCUCAGAGCAAUGGCUCACGAUGUGAAGGAGAGACAAGAAGACGACAGUCUUGCUAUGUACAACCAUGCCCAGUCCCUUUGAGGACAUCCGAGGCUGUGUUCAUGACAGGCGAAAGUGUUGUGAAGUACGAAGCCACACAGCAACUCACCAGCGUGCUGCUGCUGUAUGUACGAUUGCGUCAUUUCUCCCCGACAGGCAACAUCGUAUCUCGGCAACCACAUGACUGUGUUGACAAGAACUGUGACUAUGUGACACUCUCACUCUACCAGAGUCAUGUUCUUGUCACCGUACGGCAACGGAAUUGUCACGCUGACUUUCUAACUAGUCAGCGACUGUCUGUUGGAGACUGGCAUGAGGUGUUGUUGACUGUCGUUGGAGAUGUUGUUACACUCCGCUUGGAUAACAGUGUUCUCACCCCAACAUUCAACCUGUCUUGUCGUCCGUCUUCGCCCAACUACGACGCAGACAUGACACUUGGCGGAGCUGGCUUUGUAGGAGAAGUCAACCAACUCAUUGUCAACUUCAAAAACUAUAACUUCCAGAAGAGGCGCAACAAGAGGGAUUUGCGGGCUCAGAAUGACGGUGGGAUCUCGCCCUCCGAGAGCUCGCAAGUACAGAACGAAGUGAAGAGUAAGGGUAGCCAGGGUCCCUCCUUUGAUUUGGCCCAUCUCCUGCAAGUUCCAUGCUUCCUCAACGCUUCCUCCUGGAAUGUAGAUUUGGCAAUCAAACCAAACUUGCCUGAUGGUUUGGUUUUGUUCAUCAAAGGCUACGACAGCCGCGACUUUUUGUUUGUCUCUCUGGAACACACCAGAAUAAGGUUGAGGGUUAGGGCAGCUGCACAGGCGGGGGAGUGUGAGGUAGCGGAGACUGUAGCUCCACUAACCUGGUUGCACCUGAAGUUGUCUAAGCAGGCUGGGGGCCCUGUGGGGCUGUCAGUGAACGGAGGCCACCACUGUAUAGUAAGUCUAGCCCCCGCCACUGCUGAAGAGCCUGAUAUCUACUGCACCGGUGACAUACUGCUGGGAAACAUGCCACUCGGUGUUAUAGCAGUACUAACCUCAGAGAUGGGCCAUGUUGAGCCAAUGCAUUCGCCACUGGGACUGCUCGGCCAGCUGUCUGUCGACAAUCACAUUCGUGACCUCGGCCAUCUGCCUCACAAAACUGCCCCUGGUUUGUCUACGCAACACCAGGACCAGGAGUACCACCUGUCCAGCAACACUGCUGCCUCUACAUAUUACUAUGAAGAGAUGAUUGUGCUAGAAGGAGAGAGUUUGUCGAUGCCUUGUCUAUACGAUGUGUCUUCAGGAAACCAGACAGAUGCCAACAGCAUACAAGAUUUAGAAUAUAAUUGGUACAGAUUAGACACUCCAGUCAAAACUGUUUUUGCAAAUGAGUCUGGAGUACACUAUGAGAUUUCCGCUACAGGGAAGGCCGUGACUUUGACCAUAACUGGUUACUCUACUCCUGAGUCAGUGGAGGGGUUCUACUCUUGUUGGUUGAACUAUCCCCCUCCCCUACCCAAACUGAACCUCGUCACUUACGGAGUGAUCAUAGUCAGCACCACAGGCAAGCGGUCGUGGCUAUAUAGGCUGAUGAAUACCCACUUGUGCUUUGUAAUCAUCCUACUUAUUAUAUUGGUGAUAUGGGUAGUUUACGAGGGUUUUGAAGACUACAAGAAAGGGUCUGGUUUUUAUCGUUGCAAGAAACUUCAAGGUGAUGAAGCUUACAGAGCAAUGGAGUUGUUCAUUUUCUCUAAUAAGGCUAUCAACAGACUGGGUGGCGAAGAAGCUGCUGAGGAGGCUUUGGAAAGAUACGUUGAGUAUCUGAAGCAGAAGGCGCUAGCUGAAGAAGAAGAAACAGCUUCAGAAACUGACGUUACAACAGACAAUCAAGAGUCCCGCUAUUCCACAAGCGAAGAGGAACAAGGUACAAGAAGAAGUAAUAAAGAUAGGAACAUUUCGUUCCAAAAUGGAAAUACCUACCCCAAAGGCAAGGGUCAGAUCAUUGUAGGAAGGGCGGAAGUGGAGUUUAAGUCUCCUUUUAUACAUCAUGAGAAAUAUAUUCCUAGGUGGGAUUCAAUCGAUAAGUUAUUAAUAUCAGAUACCGAAGAAGAAAGAAGUAUGAAAAUGCUAAACUCAAAUGACAACCUGAUAGAUGUGUCAGAUAGAUGGAAGCAAAAAGGAUUUAAUUCAAAAGUAAAAACAAAUAAUAAAUAAAUGGUCACCGUGUUUUAUUUUUUAAACCAUGCCGUUUUCUAUCAGUUUUGCUAUAGGCUUGCCCCAUGG